CGAAGCUUGAGCUCGCCAGAGCUACUCUUGCCUUCCUGGUGAGUACUCCCAAGUCCUAUCAAAACCUUUUCUUUGAAUUCAUGCGAUUCUUCCUUUUUCCUUACCGUCGCUGGUGUUCUUGUCUUAGAUACAGAAACUUCUGUGUAACGGAUUGGAUUAGGUGCCGCACUUGCCUUGUGUAGCCAAAAGAAUGCUAGCUCUGUCGCUGAGCCCUGCGACAGCAUCUGCAAAGGGUGGAGCUUAUGCGACGGAUUCAUCGUGGAGGAGGCAAUUCGACUUGACAAAGAGAACAUUCGCCGCUUCAGGUUCAGAUGGACAGUCUCGUCAGUGUCGGUGCAUGCAGAGUUUUCCCUUUUCUGACAACCUUAUUGGAACAAGCCAAAGAAAAGUUGCAGUCAGAGCCGGAUGGCUGUUUAAAGGGGGUGAAAAGGGGUUGGAUGCAAGCGCAGAGCAGAGCGAAAGUGCCAAUGAAGAUAUACUCAUGUUCUUUUUCCAGCUGGACCUGGCAACUCGUGUACAGUAUGCGCUGAAUUUGGAGCAGUACGAUAUUGCACAACAACUGAGAAACAAGCUUACGGAGGUUGAAGAGGAAGUUAUCAGGCAGCAAGAAGCUAAAAGGGGAUCUUCAAAGAGUGAAGCUCAAGAUAAGGCCAUAAGCAUCAUCCGGUUACGUGCAGACUUGCAGAAAGCAGUUGAGAGAGAGGAUUAUGCAUUGGCAUCUAAGUUGCGAGAUGAAAUUUCCAAUUUGGAGGCAGAUUCAUUGGCUGCAUCAGCCAAAGCUCUGGCAUAUGAGAAUGCGGAAUAUGCUUUUCGUUUGGGCCAGAAAGUGAAGCAUAAAGUAUUCGGAUAUCGAGCUGUUGUCUGUGGGAUGGAUCCCGUGUGUUGUGAGUCAACUUCUUGGGUGGAAGCUGCUCAGAUUCAAAAGUUGGCUAGAGGUUCCAAUCAGCCAUUUUACCAGGUUUUGGUUGAUGUAUACGAGGAUCCGAACUUACUAGUAACAUACGUACCCGAGGAGAAUUUGGUAGCUCCUGACCAGCCAGACAAGGAUAGGUUUGACCAUCCCUAUAUUUCCAUCUUGUUUUACGGGAUGGAUAGCGCUGGAGAUUUCAUCCCAAUUAAGCAGCUGCGCGAAAAGUACAAUCGGCCUCGACAUGAAUUGCCCAUCAACCCAGAAGAUCAAAAGGAUGGAAACAAUGCCUGAAUGGGUGACGAGGAGCUGCUGCUUGCCACUGUGUCUGUCAAUUUGUGUUCAGGUGACCGAGACUAAGAGGUAGCUUCGUGUACCUCAAUUGGGCAUGGAGCGUGUUGAUACAGAGCUCCCAGUGCAGCGGGUGUCAUAUUGCAACUGUUGGGGUGAAGUAGGAGGCGUUUCGCUCUUAGCUUGCGGUUGUUUCGCUGUGAGUAACUCUGAAUGGCAUCAAUGACAUUGGUUUGCUAGUUGCUUUGCGUGUACGCAGUUACUACUUAGCAUCGGUGUUAUCGUGCUAAUGAGAAGUUACUUCUUUCAUCCAAA